AGUCCAUCACGGUUUGUCGGCGCGAAGACACGUCAUCCUCCUUCUUGCUUUUGCCUUCUCGAUGAAGUGCGUGAUGAGCGAGGAGGAGUUCUUGCUGAAGUGGAACAACCACCAGACCAACUUUGUCGACGUGUUCAAUGAGCUCCUCCGCGAUGAAUCUUUCGUGGACGUGACCCUGGUGUGCGGGGGGGAGGCAGUCCCAGGGCACAAAAUGGUCCUGGCGGCUUGCUCCCCCCUGCUACACCGCAUCCUCCGUGACAACCCCUGCAAGCAUCCGCUGGUCAUCCUCAGCGAUGUGCCAGCCAGGGACAUGCGGGCCAUGAUGAAGUUCAUCUACCAAGGGGAGGUGAGCGUCUCCCAGACAGAGUUGGCCAGCUUCCUCAAAACGGCAGAUAACCUCCAGAUCAAAGGGCUGGCGGCGGUGACAAGACCGAAGGCAGAGUCAGCAAUAAAAGACAGAGGACGGCGGAACCCCGUACCACGGAGAACUCCUCUCCCCUCCCCUCACGCUCACACAAAGCACUCAAUGAUUCUCACUCUUCUAGUCAUAAGAGCAGGAGCAAAGCCUCGGCCGAAGAACACACACCCAGGGUUGGGGGGGGAGGGCUACACAUGCCUGCCUCUAAACACAACUCAUCAAAGAACUCCAGCUCAAAAUCACCUCGUGACAUUCCCUCUAGAGUUUCCAAUGCCUCCGAGGAGAACAGCCUCCAGCACGCCGUCAACAAUAACAGCGUCACCGAGGAUGUUUUACCCAAGGAGGAGAUGACUGUAAAGACAGAACCUCUGGACUACCCAGGAGAGAUGGUGUGGACCGAAGGUCAUGGCACCAUAAAAAGUGAUAUUUUAGAAGACCCUCAAUCAUUAAUGCCUUUAGCUGCAAUACCCGGUGCACUAGAGGGUGUUGCAGCUGCCCUCGCUGCCUCCCCCAACCUCCCCGUCAUGGAGUCAGGUGAAGACAGCCGGGGUGAUAUGUCUACUGCCUCAGAUGAACUCAAUUCUAAUGCUGUAGGGGGUACCUGGGUGCAGGGUAGUCUAGCCCAAGGUACUGUUCGAGACAGUGGGACAGUGCCCCCACCAAGUCUGGUGCCCGCAGCAGCUCCACUGCCACCACCAGUGACUCCAGCUGCCUUCAGUCAGCAGCAACUGGAAGAGCCCCAGCAACCGCAGCCACUCCUGCCAAGCCAUGCAAGUCCUUUCAGAACCAGUACCAUUACUCUGCCUCUCAGUCUGCCAAGUACCACCACAGUCUCAGCAGCGCAUUUGGAGAGGCUUCCAGAUGUACCAUCCUCCUCAGCUCCACCACAGUACUUCACCACAACAAUCACAACAAAUAAUAACAACAGUGCCCACAAAUGCAGGCAGUGCUCAUUUGUUACCUCAAAUCCAUACACAUUCACCCGACACUUGCGCAUCCACUUGGGCACCAAAGAAUUCCGCUGUCGUGUCUGUGCCUUUGCUUCCUCAAGAAAAGAUUCCCUCAUACGUCACUUCCGCAUGAAGCACUUGACAGGAGAGAUGUCUGUGUACCAUGACCUGGACUCCAGGGACAUUGAGGAAUUGGCCUUAGUCAGAGGAGUACCUGACAGUCUACGAUUAAGACCUAACCAGUUUUAAAAAGUCCUCAGAUGACUACUGUGCUGCUAAUACUGUACUGAGUGCUUCUUAGGCUCUGUGCCUCAUUUGUUAUUUUUUUUCUUUCUGAAAUUUUCUGAUGAUUUUACCGCACUCAGGAAUAUUAUGGUGAAUCAAAAUCAACCAAAGGAACAGCAUAUGUUAUGAACCAAAGGAUUAGCAACUAUGUUUUUCUGUUUUUCAAGGGAUCAUUAAUGCAUUCCCCAAAGAUGACACUGAAACCCUGAUAAGGCUGAAAUAUUUGUUGUUUAGAUUAUUGUCCACUAGGGUAAGGGAAGUCACUUUUAAGAUUUUUCAUCACCUGAAAAUGUCACUCUUUUCUUUUGAGUCUUAGAUCACUAAUUAAGUUAUAUGUAUAUUUAUACACAGAAAAGUUCCUAGUAAGCACUAUGUUCUCAGCGACUAUUCACGACGUCAUUGUUUCUUAAAGUCUUGGUAGUUUUUCUUUUAUAUUGUAUUUUUCUGAUGUUGAAAGCUUUGUAUGAAUAAGACAAUUUAUUUUUUAUAAAAAUGAGUGCAUGAAUUACACUUUGAGAACAUGCAUAAUAUGACGUAUUUGUUGAUGACCCCAUUUUGUAUAUAUAUAUUUAUAAAUAAAGAAUAGAAGCAAAUUAUAACUUACUGUUCUUUUAUUUUUGAUAUGAAUAAAAUUGUUGAUUAAAUGAUUUGAGAGAUACUAAAAUGUUUACACAAGGAUAUGCUUUAGAAUACAAUAAGCAUUGAAGGCGAAGAUUUUUGGAAAUAGUGAUAAGAGAUAUUUCAAUUUACAAGAAAAUUGUCUGCUUUUGGCCAUAAGAUUGAGUGCAAAUUUUUGUCUUCAAAAGAAGUGAUAUGCUUUUUUGUCACAGGUGAAAUUACUGUCAUAGUGUUGAGCCUCUUAUUAUGAAUUUUUAAUAAAAAGAUAAAGUUUAUUUUUAUUUAUUUCAAGCUGUUGUAUAUUUAGUAUGUCAAUUCAUAUGAGAUAAACAGUGAAGCUUAGUAAAGUUUUGUCUGCAUAUUCAUAUAUUCUUACACAGUAUUGUGGCAUCAUGAAUAUUGAUACAUACUCAUUCACACU